AUGUUUAAAUGUUUAAAAAAAUAUUAUAAAUAUGAUUUAAUAAGUUGUAUAAUAUUUUCAAUAAUUUUAUUAUAUUAUUUAAUUUUUUGUGAUCAAACUAAAUCUAUAGAUUUGUUAACUAAUAAAAUUAUUUUUUUACAUUAUUUUAUUAAUCCAAUUAAAAUCUUUUUCUAUCUAAUAAUAUUACCAAUUAUUACUUUUAAUUCUUCCGUUACGGUGACUGGUCCCACGGCCAGUACAGCUGUUACUGGUAUUAAUAAUAUUACUACUGUUACUAAGGAUAUUAGUGUUAGUAGUACAGUUAGAGCAAGCACCGUAACGGGAAUCUGGAAUUAUAAAACAAUAUUAAAAUAUGAAUUUAAUAAGAAAUUAAAAAUAUUAAUAAAAUUUAAUGGAAUUUUAGUAUUUUUAACAAUUAUUCUUACUACAAAUAAUUCUCUCAAUUAUUUAUUAAAUUAUAUCAUUUCUUGUUUUUUAUAUACUUGUAUUUCAUUAGGUACUUUCAUACAUUUUUUUUUCUUACCUAAUUCCGUUACGGUGACUGGUCCACCAAACAGUACUACCAACAGUACUAAGGAUAGUACUAAGGGUACUAAGUAUAUUACCCUGGGAAAGGGAGUUAAUGACACUUUUGAUACUCCCGGAAAGGGAGCUAAUUCUACCCUUAUGGAAUGUACUAUGGGAAAGGGAGCUAAUUCUAUGGUUACCGAGUGUACUACCGGAAAGGGAGCUAAUUUUACAGCCAUGGAGUGUAUUACUGGUAAUACUGUGGAUGGUGAGGAUGAUGAGGAUACUUCUGUUGUUGUUGGACCAAACUCCGUAUUGGAAAAAUUAAUAAUAAUAAAAUUUAUAAUGUUAUUAAUUGGAAAUUGUUUUGGUAAUUAUUUAUUAUUAUUGGAUUGGUAUCAAUUAUUUGCAAGAUUUCCUAUUACUAAUUUUAUUGGUUUAACUAUUGGUCAUUUUCUUUCCUCAUUAAUAUCAAAUUUUAUUCUACUAAAAUAA